CGUAAUUAAAUGAACUACAAAGAGUUGUAUGAAGAGAUGGCUUAAAAAUAUCAAUAGAUGGAAGAAGAAUAUAAUUAGUUUGUUGAGGAAAGUCAAGCAUUGGAAGAUUAACAAUAAAAGAGUAUAGAAUCUUUAAGUAAAUAACUUGCUUAAGCAUAAAAUUCUCUUCUGCAACAAAAAGAAGAAACCCAAAAGGCCAGAGUAAAUAUAUUAUCUUAUAUUCUUUAGAAUGAAUUGUAGUAAAUUUAAAAUCAAUUAGAAAAGUAAAUAAAUAAAAAGGAGGCUCAAAUCACCGAUUUGUAAAAAACUCUCUAAACUUAUAAAAUGCAAAUUAUUGAUCUAGAAGUCGAUUAAGAUUUAAAUAAUAGUAAAGUUAGGUAUUGUUUUUGAUUAAAUUAAGACAGCUAGAAGAAGCAAAUAAAGACUUAGAAGUGAAAUUAGAUAAGGUUCUCGAACAAUUAGCUUUAGCCCAUACUGAUUUGGAAGCUAUUAAAUCAUAAUCAUAGGAAGAAAUUGAACGUCUCAAACAGACUCUCAAAGGUGAAUAAUAGUUAAGUAUCCUUAGAUAAUGAAGAUGAAUUAACUGCAGCCAAAUGCUUAAAACUAAAUAUCACAACAACACCAGAAAUUGUAAAGAUGCCGAAAAUCGAUUCUUUAAGAGCCAAUGCAGCUGGAUUUAACAAAAGCUUAACUCUUAUUCAAGCCUUAAUUAAAGAUCUUGAUGAUAAAAUGUCCUUAAUUAGACAUCAAAAGUCAUGA